UUGGAUUGUAUAUAAGCCAGUCUGAAGAAGGGAAAGCUAUCAGUCAUCAGUGGAAUCCAGUCCUAGACACAUCUGAGUAAUUGCAACAGAUUUUGAAGUGAUCUUACUAUUCCUAAUUAUUGGAAGAACUGCUAACAUUCAUUUGAAGCAACCACUUUGAGAGCUUUGCAAAUCGCAAGAGUCGCACCAUCUUCAGUUUGAAAAGUCACAUAAGCCACUCGAAAUCUCCAUAGCCAUGUUCGACGACGAGCCCAUCUCCAGCUUCGUGUUCUCGAACGAGGAGACGACGCAGACCUUCCACCACCAGUGGUUCGCCCAGGGGCAGUUGCACGAGUGCGCCACCUGCUACAGCUGCAUCGACGCGGACGAGCCGCCCUCCCAGCACUGGCUCCGCGGAGGAGAGGCCUCCCAGGGCCUGCAGCUCACCAAGCAGCAGCAGGCGGUCCUGGACAUCAUCGAGGCCCGCCAGAUCGAGACGUUCUUCUUCUGCGACGAGAGCUCCAAGGACAAGCUGGACCACUUCGUGGGCGAGACCUGUGCCAGGGGAGUGCCCGAGCUGCUCCGCUGGAUGUUCCAGAACAGCACCGUGGCGGUGGAGUUCAGCCUGGCCUGCUACGUGAACGCCAUGGACCAGGUGCUGAUCUUCCAGAGCGGCUCCCUCCGGGUGGACCACCACUUCGACGUGGACGAGUGCGUGGGCGUGGUCUACGAGAUGCUGAUGCAGCGGAUCGAGAACUACCUCAACUGCAGCAGCGAGUACGGGAUGGCCGAGUGCAGCAUCACCAGGCUGCGUGUCCAGGUGAAGCGGAUUCGAGUGGACGCGGAAGGCCAGGGAGAAGCUCCCUUCUUCGCACUGCCCCUGCAGCUGCAGCAGGAGGAGGGCCUGGCCACCCCCGCGGCCUCCUCCACCAGCGAGGCGGAGCUGGCCAGCCUGCGCUCCGCCUACCUGAAGCACUUCCGCGAGUGCAACGGCUACUUCCCGCCCAACAUGCGGGUGAACCUGUACGGUCUCCAGCAGUGCAAGACCACCAAGGAGCUGUACGUGGUGCCCUACCACGUGAGCGAGACCCUGCAGCAGCUGCCCAACAAGAACUUCCUCAUUCUGAACAACAUCAUGGGCCAGUUCCGACGGCUGCACGAGCUCUCCACCCCCGUCAAGUCGGUCAGUCCGUCGAGGGACUCCUGCAGCUCGCCCGCGAAGGAGCUGCACUGCCGGAGGUGCCGCAGCCAGUUCUCGCGGAGCAGCAAGCUGCACAUCCACCAGAAGCUGCGCUGCGGGCAGGACUUCUCCGUGGACAGCAUGCACGCGGACAUCGUCGAGAUCUACGAGCAGUGCCUGCCCAUCUCGAGGAGCGUCUUCCAGUACGCCUGCUACGGCAUAACCAAGCCCAAGACCGUGAUGCGGAAGGGCCAGUUCGUGCCCAUCGAGUGCGACUGGCGCAGCGAGAGCUCCGUGAAGGUGCAGCACGGCCCGUGCGUCGUCAUCAGCAACGCCCAGCACAGCAGCCCCUGUAAAUUUUACUAAAUAAACACUA